GAAAAAAGAAAAUAAUCCCCACUCGUUUUUAUCAUUCCCGGGUACGGGAGGGACUUGCGAUCACGGGUCUUCCAGCAACUGCAGUGACCAGUUCCUUGCUAGCUGCUGUGAACAAUGACUUCCAGGCGAUUGAGAGUUUUCAAGCGAUGGAUGACAUCCCAAGGCAUACAAUGCAGCGAUGCUCUUCAAUUCACGGAUACCCCCGACAAUGGAAUCUCCGUCAAAGCCUUGUGCGAUUUACGGGAGGGUGAUGUUGUUGCAAACGUUCCUAAACUUGCUUGCCUCACCGUCAAGACCACCAGUGCCUCUUCCAUUAUAGAAGAAGUCGGUUUGGGUGGCUAUCUGGGGCUUUCGGUUGCUCUCAUGUAUGAGAGAAGUUUAGGGGAGAACUCUAAUUGGGCUGGCUAUCUCCAGCUUCUGCCUGAUGAAGAAUGCGUGCCCUUGCUUUGGUCUCUGCAAGAUGUAGACCAGUUUCUUUGUGGAACUGAGCUACACAGGACUGUGAAAGAGGACAAGACUCUUAUGUAUGAGGACUGGAAAGAGAAUAUCCUGCCUCUUAUGAUGUCUGCACCUCUGAUGUUCAGUCCAGAAUUUUUUGGCGUCGAACAAUAUUUUUCUGCAAGGAGCCUCAUUUCGUCUAGAUCUUUCGAUAUUGAUGACUUUCAUGGGUUUGGAAUGGUCCCUUUGGCAGAUCUGUUUAACCACAAGACCAAUGCUGAGGAUGUACAUUUUACCUUGGUGUCUUCUGACGUCGAGUCCGAUGAUAUUACUUCUCAACUAAAUGAUGUGCAUCCAUACGACGACGAGUCCAAAUGCUGGAAUUCUCCUGUUGAUAAAGUAGGAUCAGAUUCUCUUGUAAAUGAGGUAAACAAUGCAGAUGAUACCGACUCAAACUCUUCUGAUCUCAGAGAUGAUCCUACAACGCUUGAGAUGAUUAUGGUAAAGAAUGUCAAAGCUGGCAAUGAGGUGUUCAAUACAUAUGGGUCUUUGGGAAAUGCUGCUUUGCUUCACAGAUACGGAUUUGCAGAAGCAAAUAACCCAUAUGAUAUCGUGAACAUUGAUUUGGAGCUAGUUAUCGAUUGGUGUUCAUCUCUAUUUUCCAGGCGAUACAGUAAAGCAAGAGUAUCAUUAUGGAGAAAGUUGGAGUAUUAUGGUUGUGAUAAUGAAAACAUUGAAUAUUUUGAGAUAACAUACGAUGGGGAACCACAAACUGAACUACUGAUAUUAUUAUACAUAAUGUUGCUAUCAGAGGAUGCAUUUAAUCACUUUGAUCUAACUAUAUCAGUUUCUGGGAAUUUUAGUGGUGUUAUGUUGUAUCAAAUGGGAAAGAGUAUCUGGAUUGAAGAUUCAAAAAUUAGGAAGGAUGUUUUGCUUACCAAAGAUGUUCGUAAAGCUCUCGUGUCACUUGCAGAUAUGCGUGAAGCUUUAUAUGGUUCAAAUCAUUUAGAAGAAGACCUUGAGACGUUGUCUGGCAUACAAGAUAAUAGGAAGUUAUAUCAUUCUUUGAUGUUGCGUGUAAGCGAGAGGACGAUCCUGAAGAAACUCAGAUCUUAUGCUGCUGUGGCUGGUCAGUUAUCAACUAGUGAAAGGCGGUCAUCUUUGAGGAAGAACACCUGAACAAUUUUAGCUUCAAACCAAAUCGAACCGUGAAUAUCCCUACAUAACGAGGAAAGCCGAGAUGAGUCAGGCAAGUGGCGACAGAUGUUCUAGCUAUCGUAUUUGCUGAUAGAGUGCAUGCAUCAGACGAAGUGUCUAUAACCCACAUAGUUCGGUGGAAAGAAGGGUUGAGGAAGGCCUGGUGGAUCACCUCCCUCAAAAGAUAAAUAAAAGGUUCUGUAUCGAGAGACUGAAAGCAUUAAGGCAACGACCUUUGCAUGAACCACUUAUUCGGCUGACACGGAGAAGUGAUUAAGUUUAAUAGAAAUAUGUUUUGGGGUGAUGGACUGUCCCGAAGAGAAAAAGGUAAAGUUAGAAACGUUCUUGUUACAAGAAGGCACAAAAGACUUGUGGACUCUUUACGCGGUAGGACAUGCGAAUAAGGUACCGUCAUAUGGGAUGACUGCAAGAAAGCCUUCAAAAAUAACUUCUAUCCUCAUUCCUUCUGUUACACAAAGAGAAGCAAAUUCAUAAAUUUGGUCCAAGGCGACAUGAUUGUUGUAGAGUGUGAGAAAAGAUUUAUUAAGUUAGCUAAGUACGACUCAUCUUUUGUAUCUGAUGAGGCAGACUAAGGCAAGUUAUUUGAAGAAGGCCUGCAGAUUGAAAUUAGGGCAUCAGUCACUGCCAUCAUGAAUUGGUCUGACUUUUCUAAGAUGGUCUAAGCUACUGUAAGGGUUGAAAGAUGCAUGGCAGAUGAUAAGGAAAAUAAGGUUAAGAAAAAAGACCUAGGCCAUUUGGGUUUCAGUGGCUUGAGAGGGGACGAGUGAUGCAGCGAGGCCAGGUGACAAGCGGUAGGCAUUUAGCAAUGGGAAAAUUCCAAACUCGUUCUCAUAACCCCCAUAAACUUCAGGACCAGUUAUGGGGGAGGAUUCUAGAGGCAACGAAGAGACAAAGGGGGGGUACCUCAGUAUGAACGGAGAAUGAGCCUCAGUGAAGGCCAGCGAAGGGACAAAAUUCGAAAUUUGAGGAAAGAAGUAGCCUUCCAAGGAGCUGUUUUAACUACCAACAACUAGGGCAUUUUGCCAGAAAUUGUCCAAAUGUAGGAGCUCAAAGAAACCCAUGAACUAUGUCACAAUUGAUCAAUCAGCCCUACCGACAAAACAAAGUUGCAGCUGGAUUUAGUGGAGUCAGAGGACCUGAAAGGCUUAAGUCGCAAGGAAAAGUUUGCGCUAUGACUUGGAGUGAGGCUAGGGACAACCCUCACGUAAUCACUCGUUAUUGAUUUGUAAUUCUUCUACUUUUGUAUUCUUUGACUCCGGGGCCACACAUUCUUUUAUUUUCGUAUCGCACGCUAAAACCUUAAAUCACCAAAUAGAACCUCUAGAAAAUGUGUUGCUAAUUAGUACCCAUUGUGGAGAGGUGUUCUUAGUAGAACAAGUGUGCCGAGAUUAUGAAGUAUGUGUUGGGAGUGUCGUAAUGAAUGUAAAGAAAAAGGAGACAUGCGCAACAGAAUAAAGGAUCAAUUUUACUCUAA